CGCUGCUCCUCUCAACUUCCAAGCUAUUCCCCCUGUCCCGUACUAAAUGCCUCCCUUCUUCUCCUACACCACCCUCCCCUACCAGCUCACGGAGGGCCCUCAUCCCAUGCGCGAGUUCUCGGAGUAUUUGGUGGAGCUAACCGACGUGGAGCCGCUGCCCUUCGCCAACGAAGACGUGUGGGAGUUGCACCGUGCGUUGUACAAGUCGGUGCCGCUGGGGAUGUUCCGAUUCUUCGUGGAUCACGAAGACCACUGCAUCGGGGAGCACUUCGUCGUCUACUACGUCAUCGAACGGCCCAAGCCAGCGGAGAAGGAAGGGACAGUGGCGCUGUACCCCUACGCCCAACUCCAGACGAUCGAUCCGGGAUUGUUGGAGCUCAUACAUCUUGAGCUCCUCUCCAUUGCGCAAGUGAUCGCGAGCGAGGAGGAGGAGAUCCAACCACGAUUGCGGACAGCGACGGCCCCGCGGAGGACGUACAACGUGGUCGUCAUCCCGGAUUACAUUGCGCAGCGGGCGGAAAGGUUGGAGGACUUCCCGGAGGAAAGGCCGUUGCAGCCUCCCUCGUCGUAUUCUCGACCAGCGCCACCAAAGGCCCCUAAGAAGACGCCGAAGAGGAAGAGACACCACCCGUCGCCAGGAGCGCAAGGCUGCAGGAUCGGCGGCGGCGAGGAAGUGAUUCAGCCCGCGCGUGCGGUGACGCCCGUUAAGGAGAUAGUCGUGCCAUCGCCGCCCUUUCCGCAUGUGCCCGAUCUCAAUCUUGAUGGAGCCGGGCCAUCAGCAGCAGCAGCAGCCGGAGAAGGAAGCUGAAUGGGAUUUCCGGAUCCCAUAUCCAAAACCCCCAUCCUUGCAGGACCUCCCCGUUCCCACCAGCCACCCCG